ACUACUAUGAUUUCUGUGUUCUUCCAUAUUAAUAAGACUCUAAAACGAAACAAAAAUGUGAUUCUAACAUAUGGCUCUUAUAAAUAUUUUAUUUUAAUUCUUCUGUAUAACAAACAACUUUAAAUAUAUCUGACUCUCUUAUAAACUUUCUAUCUUAAUUUUGUUGAUUAUACAUUAGGUUUCGAAACGAUUAGAGUUUUUUCCCUGAUGCACUUUGGAACACAGCCAAUGAAAAAAUAUAAUUAAAAGCAAUUUCUCUCUUAUUGGAUCAUUGGUCACGUUCCAAAGCGCAUUGAGAAAAAGAGUGUUUAAGCUGUUCUGAAACCUAUUGUAUAUUAUGCCCAAUAUGUCUCGUCCGGAUGGAAGCACUAUGUAGUAGUCCCCUGUUCACGUCCUGACAACAGUUUUCAAAAAACCGCCAAAGAAAAAAAAAGCCAGCGCAAGCGAUCCAGCGUCGCCUACGCCGCCGUGCGUCACGUGAGCACGCUGCGUCUUCAUUGUUUUCUGUUCGUUAGUCCAGACAACACGUUUGUGCCGGAACUUCUAUAGUGUACCGUUUUUUAGUUGUGGUUUGCUAGUUCUGUGAGCUAUGCCGAAACACAAAAAGAGCUCUUCAGUGAGACAUGCGAGAGAAGAUAAAUCUUCUCAUAGAUACCACUCUCGAAAAGGAAAAUCGCGUGUUCGUUCGCGUUCGAGAGAAACAUCGCGUAUCCGCUCUUCGGAUAGGAGAGUUGCGCCAAGAGAUGUUUCCUCUCGCCGAUCGGAAUCUCGAGAAAGCCUUAGAGAUAUCCUGGAGCGGAUUCAUAGGCUUAUUUCAGAUCGAGACGUCGGACAUAACCUACAACCGCAAAAUCAGCCUCAAGAGGUUAGGCGGAGGUUUUUUCGGACUCAGAAGAGUCUCAAGCGGCGAUUUCUGUGGCUACGCCACUUGCCUUAGAGCAAAGCUCUGAAGAACAGACGGUCGCACAGGCGGACCGGGGCUCUGUACCAGCUUCACUACCAGAUGUUGAGAUCGAAAACGAUGACCUUCAGCCUGCUAGUAGUGUGUUCUUUGCCGACCCACUUACUCAUGAGGUUCAGAAUCUUCAGGAUCCUGGCUCUGUACCAGAGGCGAUGGUCAGCGAUUUGUUUGGGAGUGCUGAACCACCUUCCACAUCUCCCAUCUGGAAUGCUACCGUUCUAAAUUCCAUCCAGAUGGAGUCCAGAAGUGGGCUAAAUGCCGACGUUCGUUCUAGCUUAUUGUCUAGGUACGAAAUAAAGGGAGAUCUUGCGACACUGGCGCCACCAAAGCUUAAUAAGGAACUCGUUCCUGCUCUAACUCCCUCCAUUAUUAAGAGGGAUGAGUAUCAGUUGCUCUUGCAAACACAACUGUGUGCCUGUCUUAAUGCUUUUGGCUCGGGCAUAUCUGUUUUAUUAAAACCGACUGUUUUGCAAAGCUUAGACGACGAAGCAAAGUCGGUUCUGAAGUUCUUCGCAGAAGGGAUUCACUUACUCUCCGACCUCCAGUAUCGCCUUUCACUGACCAGAAGAGCCUUCACUAAGCCUUCCUUGAACAUCCUCGGUAAGAAUGCAGCAGAGAUGGCUCCGAUUGACGAUUUUUUAUUUGGACAGAAUUUCGCGGAAACCCUUAAGGCAGCACAGGCUUGCGAAAGGACUGGCCGUGAAUUAUCAAGGUUAACAGCACCAAUAGGGAGAAGGACCUUACAACCCGUCCGUCAGCAGACAGCCUCACAGUCUAAUCCAUCCUACAAGUCCAAUCCACAGUCGGGAAACCGAAGAGCUCCUGUUCGACUAGUGUCGGCUCGCCAGGCAGGAGCUUCUCAGCGCAAGAGCCGUCCCCGCUCCCAGUCUCGGUCCCGAUUUCGGCGCAAUCACUGAGCAAUGUAAGAACCGCUGGUCGCCUAAACGAAUUUCUCGAGCAAUGGCUAGAGAUUACAACUGAUACUAUGGUAUUAGAUGCAAUUCAGGGUUAUCACAUCCCCUUUGUUUCUGGGCCUCCAGUGAGAGCUUUUUUGAGGGAGCCGAAAUUCUCAGAGUCCACUUCUCUUUAUUGUGAUACAGAAGUAGAACGUUUGCAGCUCAAAGGAGCUAUUGAGGCAGUAGAUCCAUGUAAAGAUCAAUUCUUAUCGCCAUUCUUUCUUGUAGAUAAAUCUUCGGGUGGUAAACGUUUUAUCUUAAACC